UGGACAUGCAUCCAGGUGGUGACCCGGAUGGUCCCCAUAUUCCUGAAGACCCCGAAGCCCUGGCAUGUCCACGGAGCUCGGCUUUGUUUCAUCCUGAACAACUCCCUUCCUCCGUGUCGUUCUCUUUAACUCAAAUCCCAUAGUUGACAUCUAUCUCCAGGCCACGACAGAGAUGGAUACCAAGUCACAUAACAAGCAGCCCCCUGAACCCAAGGCGUGUGCUGUCAGUAAUUCUGAAAAUGCCUCUUUCAUCCUGGGAACCGGGAAGCUUGUGACUCCUCAGAAGCAUGUAGCAGAAAUGACUCCUAGUCUUUGCAACCCAGAUACUUUUAAAUCACCUUUGAACUUUUCCACCAUAACGGUAGAGCAGUUGGGAAUCACACCUGAAAGCUUUGUUAGGAACUCUUCAGGAAAGUCACCAUCUCACCUUAAAAAGUCCAGACGGCGUUCUGCAGUUGGUGCACGAGGCUCUCCUGAAACAAACCAUCUGAUCCGUUUCAUUGCUCAGCACCGAAGUUUAAAGACCCCUGAGAGGUCUCCGUUGGCACAUAAUUCUCCUUUUCAGGGCAGCCCAGGACUGUAUCGAAAUGGGAAUUCAUUCAGAGAGCGUAUAUCUGCUUUCCGGGCAGCUUUUCACUCCGUUCAGGACACUGAGAAUACAGCUGGCUGUUCAGAAGCAGACAGAGGGUCCAAGACAUCAGGCUUGAUGUAUGCAGCCAAAAAGGAAGGUAUUGUUGAAUAUCAGCAGUCUGGGUUUCCUGUAAACUUGUCAUCGAAACGACGAAAAUUAUCCUCACAGACCAGCUCUGAUGAGCAGUUUAGCAAAGUGGGAGGAAGCGUGAGUGUGCACGUCAGGACAGAAGAGGACAGAGCUCACCCUGUGGGCGCUCCUGCAUGUCUGACUGAGCAGCCAGAUGAACCUGGUUCAGCCCUGACUGGAUCUGUAGUUGCAGAGUCUGCUCCCUCAGCAGAGCUCACAGGGGCUUUGAGUGCAGAGAUGAGCUCAGAGACCAUCCCUGAUGUCACAUCACCAGCUCCUCCUGUGUACAGGAGCAUCUCAUCCCCCGAGAUGUUUGUACUUCGUUCUGUACUGAAAAAACCUACUGGAAAGCUGCUUUCAGAAAGCUUGCAGGAACACCACAACAACAUCUGUGAUGGUGGGACUCAUCCAAGUUUAAUCUCAAAUUGCAAAGAACAAAAACCAGAUCAAGAAAAUGUUGAAGUAUCAGCCUUUGUAAAUGUGAGGAAGAGGAAGAGAGUUACCUUCGGAGAAGACUUGAGCCCUGAGCUGUUUGAUGAAUCCUUACCAGCAAAUACUCCACUGCGUAAAGGGGGAACACCUGUCCGCCCAAAGGAUUCUAGUGAUACCAGCCCUUUGCUUCUUCAACCAGAUUUUGAUGAUAAGGGGGAAAAUCUUGAAAACAUAGAACCACUUCAGUCACCAUGUGCAGUACUGAGUCCUAGUAAAGCUUCAGUCUCUGAGGUCCUUCCAGGCACUGAUACCUUUACUUCCAACAACCAUGAGAAAACAGCCUCCUGUAAAGUUGACAGACCCACACGGACAUCUAGCAAAAGAAAGCAGUUGAUGGGUUAUACAGACGAGAAUGCUGGUAACUCAGAUAAUGCAGAAGUUAAACCUUGUAAAGAGAAGAGAACUAACAAAAAGAGGUCUCAAGAAACCAAAUGUAGAAACAGAACACUUCCUAAAAAGAAGCAGGUUUCAAGUAGCUGCAGAAAGAAGAAAGGAAGGGGGAAGAAAGGUUUUCAAAAAUGUUUAUAUGGGGAGAGGGACAUUGCUUCCAAGAAGCCCCUCCUGAGUCCUAUUCCGGAGCUGCCCGAGCUCUCUGAGACAGCGCCCUCAGCCCCAGGCAUCCAAAGGCGCUACUCAGAUGAUUUCCACUCACGUGGUAAAGUGGAAGAAGUGAGCCCUCCCGAGCUUUCAGAGAAAAGAAAGAAAAUCUGGUUUCAGAACUCUGAAGAUUGGCCUACACUUCCAGUGUUGGAGGGGAUGGCCGAGUUGGAAGUCUGGCCUGGCAUUGUUGCUUCUGGAGGAGGACCUGAGAUGCACCACAUGGCCACUGAAGACCAUGGCAGUUCUCCUAGAGCAGAAAGUCAACUGGAAAGUGUGCAGGGGCCCAAGCCUGAGAGCAGUCACCCUCCUGGUGCCUCUGUGGUGGAGGAAUUUGUGUCCGGUCACCCAGAGCCUGCCUGUGUCCCGCAGGGCUGGGAGGGCACUGUUGCCGGCCAGCAUGCAGAAAAGCUUUGUGGAGGCCGCCACAUCUCCGAAGGGAAUGAGAAGCGUGAGAAAGAGGGCAUGUUCCCUGUAACUGUGGAGGGGAAGCUCCCGUGCAGCCAUCUCCUAUCUGACUCAGAAAAAGAACUCAGAGGCUUAGAAGACGUCCUGAUUGGAAAUACAAAAGCACCAACAAGUCGCAGUGAGAACAUGAGAAGAAAAUCUGCAGAAAGUGGCUGCAAUAUGAGCUGUAAAGUAAAGAAACACAGGAGGCGCUCUGUGUGUUACUCUGACAGUCACAGCUUACAUUUGGAGCAAAACGGGAACCACACACCUUCCUGCAGUGUGGGAAGCUCUGUUGAAGUUAGUUUAGAAAGUUCUGAGCUGUACCAAGAUUUAUCUGAUGCCAUUGAGCAGAGCUUUCAAAGAACAAACAGAGCAACCCAAGUGCGGAGGAGCACAAGGCUCCAGGGAGGCACAGAAAGUCAGGGGCUUGUCUGGAUGUCACUCCCAGCUCCUUCCACUUCCCAGAAAACCAAAAGGAGAACGAUAUCUGCAGUUGAUAACAGAGAAUUUGAAAGCAUGUGCCCCAGAGAAGAAACUGUGUCAUCAUCACAAAAUCCAGGUGCCAUCCCCUCCAUCUCAGGUAGUGAGAGCAGCCAGAGCCUACUGUGGGGUCCUCCGGCCCCCAGGAAGAGAAGGAAGAGCUUUUGUGUGUCCACACCAUUGGCUCCAAGUGCCACUCAGCCAGCAAGCCACUGGCAAACCUCGAAAGGAGGGGGAAAGCUCUCCGUGGCCCUCCAAGGGCCCACCACAAAGAGCUGAAGCAGUAAUGGUGGUUUUGCUGGGCAUUGGCAGGAGGAGGGGUUCUGAGUUUGUUCCUUUCCUGGUCCCAUCCCUGUCCAGCUUGAGUACCUUACAUGUUUCUAAUAAAAUCCUUUGAUUUGAGAUGA